GGGCUCGGACAUGGAGGCCGGCCGUCCUCGCGGAGGGAGUGAGCAGGAGGACGGGAGGCUCUCCCGCACCUCCUCCUGAAGACAGCAGGAGGCGCGUCCGACGCGUGUUUGUGUCUGAAGACUCUGUCGUUCCUUCUGAUGUCUCGGUCCGGUUUCAGCUGCAGGACGCCGCCGGUCCUCCUAGGAUGGACUCCGCCUUCAGCGGGGGGGACAUGUCACCUCUGGACGUGCCGCGGAAGAGGAAGCCAGCGCCGUCCCACCGGAAAACCGCAGCUCCAGCUGCUCAGCAAAUACCUGAGAACUCCAGCGACCUGAACUCCGGCGAGUAUUCAGUGAAUGAAGACUCUGAGGAUCACGACGCUGUAAUGAGGAGAACAUUCAGGGGGAAGAGGUAUGAGGAUCUGCAGAACGUUUCCAUGGCAACAGUGGAUUAUCCAGCCAGCAGCUGCUCCCUCGCAUCCUCAGACGGUUCGGCUAACGGGUCCGAGUCCGUCACACAACCCAGAACCGGAGGCAAAGAUCUUUGGCCUGAAGGUGGAGGAAACAGGGAGCAUCCGGACCUUCAGAAUCAGGACUGGAACUCCAGCAGAGAACCAGAAACCUGGAGCCCGAUACCAGACCCACCGCAGGACCGAGUCUGGAGCGCCGGGACAGACAGAACUGAACACCUCGGUCAGGAGCGGCCGUGGACGUCAGGAGGAGAUGACGGCCGCCUCAGACCGGAUCAAGUCUGGAUAACGGGCCGGGACCGGGCUACUGAGCCGGGCUGGGCAGGAGAACCGGAUCAGAAUCCGGUCUGGAACGGAGGAAGAGAUCCAGGGAACGGACCGGAACAGACGUGGGGUCAGGAGCAGAGCUGGAGCGCGGCGAGCGGAGGGAACAUCUGGAGGCCCGGUUCUGAUGUUGGAAAAACCUCGAUAGAGUGUGAAGAUCAGAAACCUCCAGUCGUCCCGGUGAAGAAGGAGCCUCCUCUGUAUCCUCCAGGAAGUCAAGAGGAGCGCUGGCAGAUCCAGAUUGUGGCCAAGGGGAGAGUGACCUGCCCCAAGUGCAGAAGUGUGAGCAGGAAAACUGUGGAGGGGCUGAAGAAACACAUGGAGAACUGCAGACUGGAACCCUUCACCUGCCAGCACUGUGGGAAGCAGCUGAAGUCCUCCACCGGCAUGAAGUACCACAUCAUGGCCGACCACAGCCACCUGCCAACAGUGAACGACACCAAGGACCUGGAUGACCACGCCAUGAAGGACAAGCUCCGGAAAAUCCUGAAGCGUCUGGGAAAACUCAAAUGCUCCAGAGAGGUUCGUAUGUCUGAUGCUCCUCCCCUCGAUGGUUAUGGUGACGGCGUUUUCCUCCCCCAGGGCUGCACCGCCGCCUUCACCAGCAUCAUGGGCUACGUGUACCACAUGAAGAAGUGCGGGAAGGAGCCGUCGGAGCUGGAGAAGAUGCUGCUGAACUGCUCUCACUGCGGGAAGGCGUACAGAUCCAAGGCGGGGCUGGAGUAUCACCUGAGAUCUGAGCACGCACCUACCCCCCAGGAAGCCGAGGAAGACGAGGAGCUGAAGGCCCAAAGGGACUCCGACCCCGAGAGGACGGCGAGCGGCCGAGUGCAGCGGGCCUCAGCCCAGGUGGCCAACUUCCACCUGGCCGAGAUCGCCAACAAUGACCUGCCCAAAGACUGGCCUAAGAGGAAGUUCCAGUCGGACCUGGUUCCGGACGACAAAAAGCUGAAAUACGCUCGGCCCGGUCUGCCCGCCUUCAGCCAGGAAGUCCUGAGGAAGUGGAAGAACGAGGUGAAGCUGCAGAGGAAAGUGCCGUGUCCUAACCAGGGCUGCAGCUGCGUCUACACUAGUGUUUCGGGGCUGAAGGCUCACCUGGGCCUGUGCACGAAGGGUGAAUUUGAGGCUGGAAAAUAUCGAUGUCUCAUCUGCAACAAGGAGUUCAACUCUGAGAGCGGAGUCAAAUAUCACAUCAACUCUGUGCAUUCACAGGACUGGUUUGUAACAAACAAAAAAGCCUUCAAGAAGUUUGAGAAGUUCCUGAAGAAGCAGCCAAAGGAGGUGGAUCCAUGUUCGCACAAGCUGGUUCAGUACCACCAACACCACCUGCAGCAUCAUCAGCAGCCUCAGCACCACCUGCACCAGCAGCCGCUGCAUCACCUCCAGCAGCAAACCCACUUCCACCAUGAGGAGAACCAGAACCUCCAACCGCUGGCCGACCCGCUCCUGCAGCAGGUCCACUACACUCCGCUGCAGCCCGCCUCCACGCCACUGUGGGUGGACUUGGACCGCGCGGAGAUGGCGCCCUUACCUGGGCAUGUCGGCAUGUCAAUGGCUGAAGUGAGUAAAGUUGAGGAGGACGGCGGCGAGAUGAUGGAUUUUAAAAUGAGAGUGAAGGAGGAGGCGGACGGGGAGUCGGGGAAUCGGACCGGUUCUUUUGGUUUUGGUGCUGAAGGAACCUGCAGCAGCUCCUCCGCGGAGCAGAAGGACGGGCGGAGGCAGGUCCAGCUGUGGAGUCUGAAACAGUCGGCCCUGAUGGAGCCCUGACAGACCAGAACUUCACCUGUGAGCUGGUGCUCACCUGACUCACAUGGAAAAGAACGAACUAAAACGACAUUCUUCACUUCAUCAGGAGGACGGAGCAGCUGAAGAGUUCAGAAGAUGAAAAACGCUGAGACAACCUCAAACUGUGGACAUGAAUCACUUCAGUGUCUCAGCAUCUCUGUGGAAUCUAAAACUGUGUUUAUUUCUUUAAAAACUUUGAUAAAGUCAAGUCUGCUUUUCCAUGUAAAUAUCAAACCACUUCUGCUCCAAAAUCAUCUUCAUUUAGCAUCUAAAUGAAAGCAAGAGGUUAAACUAACCCAAUAAUAGAUCAUUAGUUAGCUGCACAUUUAAGAAACAAACAUGUCUUCCUUUGUGCUGCUUAUUUUUUACAUUUUUAGGAAGAAAAUUUGACUUUUCUUUCUCAAAUUCUACACUUCCACAUUCAUUCCCUACAUGAUCAAAUCGUGUUUUAUUAUACGUGAUGUCUGUUGUAUUUAUGAGCUGCCAAACUCAAAUAUGUCUGCAACAUGUUUGCAUCUAUGUUGUCCAUGACACCAUCAGCACACAAACAAAAGUCGGUGUAGCAUUCCGUUAUAUUCUUUUCUCUUCCUGUGAACUGACGAUGAAAUGAGUCGAUUAAAGAACCACAACUGUUCUCUAACCUCGACAGUAGCCGGAUGGUUUAUUAAAUGUCAGUUUUCCAAACCA